CUUCUUCUCUUACUCUCUCUUCUACUACUGCAAGUAUUAAACCCACCACUAAAAUCUUCUCCAAAUCAAAUUCCCCGCACCAAAUUCUCCGCACCAUUAAUGCCCCUCUAUCCCCUCCCCCUCCACCCGCUCGUGCUUGAAACCCUAACCCUAACCCUAGAUCCGUGAUGUCGGUGGUGGUGGUGAAGCUCCGAUUAACCUACUAAAUCCAUGGCGCUCUCCCCUCCCGCCGCCUCCUCCCUCCUCUUCCUCUCCUCCCGCCGCUGCUCUACUAGGGUUCGUAUCCCCAUCUUCGCCCUGCGAAACCCUACCCUGCGUAUCCGCUCCCCGCUCCCCAGACCCCAUGGAUCGCUCCGGCUCGACCGGACCCUCACCGCCGAGGAGGGCGAGACGAUGGGGGAAGGGUUCUUCGAGGCGAUCGAGGAGCUCGAGCGCAUGGUGCGCGACCCCUCUGACGUGCUCGGGGAGAUGAUCGAGCGGCUCUCGGCGCGGGAGCUGCAGCUGGUGCUCGUCUACUUCGCGCAGGAGGGGAGGGACUCGUACUGCGCCCUGGAGGUGUUCGAUUGGCUGCGGAAGGAGAACAGGGUCGACGGGGAGACGAUGGAGCUGAUGGUGUCGAUCGCGUGCGGCUGGAUCGAGCGGCUGGUGGGCGGCGACCACGCGGUGGGGGAGGUGGUGGCGCUGCUGAAUGAGAUCGAGUGCGUCGGGCUCGAGCCGGGGUUUAGCAUGGUGGAGAAAGUGGUGGCGUUGUAUUGGGAGAGGGGUAAGAAGGAUCGGGCGGUGGAGUUCGUGAAGGAGGUGAUGAGGAGAGGAGGAGUCGGAGGCUAUAAGGUUGGAGACGGCCGCGAGAAUGAGAAGGGAGGGCCCGUCGGUUAUCUCGCAUGGAAGAUGAUGGUAGAUGGAAACUACAGGGGUGCAGUCAAAUUAGUUAUCGAAUUCAAGCAGGGCGGGUUCAAACCCGAAGUGUAUAGUUACCUAAUUGGUUUAACAGCCUUGGUUAAGGAGCAAAAGGAGUUCUCAAAAGCUUUACGCAAGUUGAAUACCUCCGUCAAAGCGGGCCACAUCUCCAAACUAGAUGUUUCAACUCUGCAAAGCAUAGAAGAAUAUCAGUCCGAACUAAUAAAAGAUGGAACUUCAAUGUCCGAUUGGGCACUGCAAGAAGGAAGCCCCAAACUUUCCGGACUCAUCCACGAGCGGCUCCUCGCUUUGUACACUUGUGCUGGUCGCGGUCUAGAAGCCGAAAGCCAAUUAUGGCUUAUGAAACUCUCGGGUAAGGAGCCCGACAAAGAGCUUUUUGACGCUGUGUUAGCCAUUUGUGCGUCUCAAAAAGAAGCCAGUUCAGUUCAGAGACUCCUUACGGGAGUGGAAUCCAUGAGUCCCAGCUUUAAAAAGAAGACGUUAUCGUGGCUUUUGCGCGGGUAUGUGAAGGGAGGGUUUUAUUUAGAUGCCUCAGCAACCCUAAUGCAAAUGCUCGAUUCGGGUAUAUGUCCCGAGUACUUGGAUAGAGCGGCCGUAUUGCAGGGACUACAAAAAAGUAUACAGGAAAGUGGGGAUAUUGAACCUUAUGUUAAGCUUUGCAAGCGGCUAUCAGAUAUGGAUCUGAUCGGGCCGUGUCUUGUGUAUUUGUACAUACAAAAGUAUAAGCUGUGGGUUAUAAAGAUGCUGUGAAGGAUUUCCUUGUUUCGCACCAACUGGUAUGAAGCUUCUCCUUCAUAUAUUUUACACUGUACUUGUAUAGCUAAUGUCUAGUCAGGUAUAAGAGGUGGGGCACUACAAAAGUAUAAAGGAUUACAAUAAUGUCACCCAAAGAUGAUGAUAUUGCAUUUUUUUUUUUUUUUUGCUGAAAAAUAUGUAAAAUUUGUGUAUAUGUGAGCAAUUGAAUUUAAUGAUGGAACCUGAAUCCUGUUAUUUGCAGCAGCACAUUGUCCUUGGGUUGUAGUUUUUUUUUUGGGGGGGGUGUAAAUUGCAAUGCUAAUCUCUGAACAUUUAGCCAAA